CUUCUACCAGCUCUUUCAAUGGAUGCGCCAAUGCUGGCUACAAAAAGUGACUUACGAGCUGCUCCGAAAGCGACACCUUCUUGAGCUUCAUCUUGUGGACGCCACCUUGGACGCCGGAAGCGGCGGCGGCCGCCGCGAGGAAAAUAGCCGUCUUCAUGACGAUGGCUUUGGAGGUACGGGCCUUGUAUUGAUGAUAUGCAAGACGAAGAAUGAGAAAUAA